AUGGAGGAGAGCCACAUGCAUAAACGACUUGCUAUUACUACAGCGGUGGAUGUCAUCGCUGGAAAUGCUGACCUUUUAUCUGAAAUUCUACUUCGAUUGCCUGCAAGAUCUCUCAUCAGGUUCAGUAUAGUAUGCAAGCUUUGGUUCUCAGUCAUUACGAGUAUGCAAUUUAGGCUUAGUCACUGCCGUACUCUUGCAUUUUCUAAUGCUCUCUCCCCUUCCGGGAUUUACUUUUACAAUUGUCUAACCAAACCCCAAAAGAUUGAAUCCCUUGCAUUCGCUGAUAAUGUAACUAGCCUCCCUCCUAUUCAAUUCCUUGACCAAAUGGCUCCAAAUAUAAGAGAUACAUAUGAGAUUACGCAAGCCAAGGUUAUGCAAUCUUGCAAUGGCCUGUUAAUGUACGUAUUCACCGCGAAAACUGACGUCGGUAUUAUCAAAAUUGGUAUUGUUUACAAUCCCGCAAAGAAAGAGGCCCGUGUGUUGCAGUCCCCCUAUAAGAAGUAUGAUGCUAAAUUUGUCUAUUAUAACCUGAUAUCUGAUCCUUCAAAGCCACCUUAUUACAAAGUUUUGUGUGUUACUCGUCUGGGUAGCUGGUUUUCUGAUAUCGAUGUGAGUGUGUAUGUGCUAGAGAGUGAGUCAUGGAGUUCCUGUUGUCGUUCCUCCGUACCCUCUUUUAUGAACUUUGAGAGUGGAGUAUUUUGGAAUGGUGCAAUUCACUGGAUAGGUGAAUAUUCCUCCGUUUACUUUGAUGUUAAUUCAGAGAAAGUUGCAAUGAUAAGUAUGCCACCAAGACCUCAGGGAUACUGUAGCCAAAAGAUUAGGUAUUUUGGGGAAUGGGGUGGCCAUUUGCAUCUUAUUCAGGUUCAGAGCCUAUAUGCCAAGAAAUUCAAUGUGCUCGAAUUAGAUAAAGAUACCUGGAAAUGGUCAGUAAAGUACCGCGUUCAUCUUGCUCGGUUAAUUUCAUCAUUUCCUGAUAUGGUUCAGCAGACAUCAUUUGGCAUACAAUACGUGUUUUCCAUUUUGUCUGUGAUUCGAGGAGAGAAGGAAGAAGAUUCAGUCCUACUGCUUACUAUUCCCGGGAAGGUGGUCGCCUACAACUUGGUGCGUAAAACUGCUAAAGUAGUCCGCGAGUUGCCUGGUGAAGUAGGUGAUACUCUACGCUUUAAUCAUGUCAGCGCUUAUCAGUAUACUGAGAGUUUGUUUCCAUUAUUUUCUUCUUAG